GCCACAUCGGAACUUAGGGAAAUUGCGGAUUGACGCUGGAGUGUAAAACUUGUCGUUUCGUCCAGUUCUUUUCCAUUCAAAACCGAUUAUUUACCACGCAGUGAGAGUUGAACCGUAUAAAAUGAGUGAUAGAGAAGACUAUCGAGAGGACGAAAUGGUUCGAAAGCGGGCAUGGGAUACCAAAAAUAGCUCCCUUGAAGAUGUAAAGCCUGAUAUGUCACGAAUUAAAAAGGAAAGGCCUGAGAUCAAUGAUAGUAUAACAGAAAAGCGAUCUCAUACCCACAGUCCAAGAUCUGAGAGAUCUCGAUCCAGAUCUCCACGCUACAGUCGUUCAAGGUCAAGGUCAUAUCGUAGAUCAUACAGCAGGUCAAGGUCACGUAGCUACGGUCAUGGUUACAGUCGACGUUAUUCGCGAUCUCGCUCCAGGUCGAGAUCAAGGAGUCCUAGGUACCGUUCAUCGUACCAUGACCGACGCCGAGGUGGUUACUAUAGAAGUCGGAGCCGAUCACCGAUGUCAAACAGACGCCGCCAUGUUGGUAAACGAGAUGAACCAGAGCAGAGUCGAUGUAUCGGUGUGUUUGGCCUGAGCUUGUACACCCAGGAGAAAGACUUGAGGGAGGUGUUGAAUCGCUACGGACCGAUUGAUGAGGUGCAGGUCGUUUACGAUCAUCAGACGGGCAGGUCACGAGGAUUUGCAUUCGUAUAUUUCAAAAACACUGCAGAUGCAGUUGAGGCGAAAGAAAGAUGUAAUGGUCAAGAAAUCGACGGUCGACGUAUUCGAGUUGAUUUCUCCAUCACUGAGCGUGCUCAUACGCCCACCCCUGGCAUAUACCUUGGUAAACCCACAGGCAGUGGUUACAGCAGUCGAUAUCGAGGUGAUAGAGGGCGCUCGCCAUCGCCUUAUAAAGAGAGAGGAUACCGGGGCAGCAGACGGAGGUAUUCAAGGUCAAGGUCACGCUCUUAUUCACCACGCCGCUAUUGAGUUUGUGACAACAGCGCCCUCUAUCACCGAUACGAUACAUUGCUGAUGUUUGAACGAGAGUGUUGUUGAUGAGUGAAGGUCACUGAUCUUCAGCAGCACAUUGGAUCAGUGUAGGUCAGUGUCGCAGUCAAUCAUUACAUAAUGCACUCAAUUGGGACAAUAUUGUAAAUAUUUCAUUCUUCUUCAAGACUAUUUUUCUUCCAUUUCUAAUCACUAAAAUGACAGAUCCAUGCACACUUUAGUUGUUGUCUUUCUGACCUGGAACACAUCAAAGAAAACCACUUGUCGUCUAAUCUCUUGACAGUGCAGUGUAUUUGCAGUAUACCAGUAUAUUCAUCAUUUCUUUACCAUCUUUCCUAAGUGACUGGUUUCAUGAUACUGAGAGAUGGUCAAUGAUAAACUCUGCCUCAUCAUUCAAGUAACAUGAAAUCAGUAGCAUUUUUACCCUUGUAACUUUUAGGUCUCUGUUAGCUUGUACCAGUUUGGAAGGGGCUGGAUCCAACCUCUCUGCUGCUUAUUGUAUAGUGUUGUAUAGAUUGUAACUAUGGCAUUAUCAUCUUCUAGUAUGAGAAGACUUUGUGCCUUUACAGUAGUUUGCACACUCUGUGCCUUUCUAUGCUUUGAUUUAACCUCUGUUUUUUUUAAAUGUUGGUUCAUGAUGAAAUAUAUGACGUGGGCACUUUCUUUACUUCACAAGCUGGAAAACCAUUAGGCUGAGUCAAAAUCGAUACCAGCGCCUAAUUCUGCAUUCCAGAAAAGUUUGUCAGUCAUAUCAUCUGUGGCAAGCCAUUCAAGACAUUGGCCGACCAUGUUACUUUUAUUCAUGCUUCAAGUCCAGUUUUUGGUUCUUCAUUCAUAUCAAACAAGCUGUAAAGAGUUUGGUUUUGGUCGAGUUUCACUGACCUCUGCCUUCAUGCAUUGCCUAUGUCUGUAGCUGCUUGUUAAUGUAUUCAAGGCUUCUUUUGAAAUGUUCUCAGAGGGACCCAUAAUUGCUUGAGGUAUUUCAAUAUUAACUUUACAAUGAACUGUACCAUUGUCAUCAUUCGUUAGUUUACAAGUAGUGCAGAUAGAUCAUGAUGUAGACGAGAGUGAAUGUAUUAAUUGCUAAUAAAACAUCAAGUCAUUGUCACACGUGAUCUUUUGUUCUUUCUCUUCAUCAUUCUAAUCUUAUUCUUUGUCGUU